CUUGAUGCCAGCUCUCCGUCUGGAGUGGACGACUCGACGUUCCGGCCACAAUCUGGGACGUUGUAUCAUGAAGCGGUGAAGUGGGAAGGUGUGCUGACUAGACGGAGCGAAUGGCUACGAAGACUGGAGAGACACUACUAUGUGUUAGAAGGCAAAUUUUUACGCAGAUUCGCCUCGAAAGAGGCCUAUCUAGCGUCUCGAGAUGAGCCACUUGUACCUCAUCAUAUCCAACCUCCAAGUGACCCUAGUAAACCGGUACCUGGUAGUCCUGCAGCUAGUAUGAUCCGGCGGAAUUCCAGCAGUCCUGCAUCCAGUAAUGCGAGUCAUUUGUACGUGCUAGCAGGCGUCAAAGAUUCAUCGAGUCGAGCCAAUGGGUUCACGUUUAUUACCGAAGACAAGAAGACGUUGCAAGUGACAGCGCCGACGGCUGUGGAGAAAUUCAUCUGGAUGCGACUUGGACUUGAAGCUAUCGUGGCGCUCCCUACACUCCCCGUAGCUCCACUAGACAUGGAGGAGUUUUACGCGAUGUUGGUGGUGUUGUAUACAGCAUACAGUGGCACCUGGCGUACCGAAGGUGACAUGGCUGUGACGUUGCCUCCUCCCUCUGAACAAGUAUUCACACGCUUCUUCCGGUUACUGGACAAGGACGUCAUAUUUUGCUCCAAUUAUCCACCGUCUGUACCGUUCCACGGCUCCUUCCGUGGCCACUUGGGUGUAGUGACAUUUAUGCACGACUUUGCACGACAUACACUAUGGACGAACUUUAAAAUCGGUGGCAUGUCGGUGGAUGGCUCCAUUGCUGUUGCUUCUGGUAAAGAAGAGCUCGAGAAUCGCCGUGAUGCAAGGAAAUUUAUUCAGAAUUGGGUGCACAAGUUCACGUUCUAUUCGGACGGAAGACUCGCCCGGUUCGAGAUUAAUGGCGACGUUGUAGCAGCUAGUGCGGUAUUCAAAGUUCCUGGUGCAGCGACGACGCUUAAGUUGCCUCAAGAGUUUAACGAAGUGGAUGCUGAGCACGGUCUUGAAGGUGUGUUAUUGGUAAGAGUGAUGCAGGGUCAUGGACUGAAGGCUGGUAUAUCAGUCAAGAAAGCUGUCAAGGAACCGAGCAUCACGGCGCAGCUCCAGUACCGUGAACAACCCAAGCCUGGCAUGAACGCUUCAACAGCAGGAUCAUCGACUACAACGGGUCCGUCGGCUCUUAUCGGCGGCAUUUCGAUGCCAAAUUUGUCGCGGAAGUUUAGCUUUAUGACGUCCGUCGCGAGCUCUGCGGCCUCUGCGGCUUCCUCUGCUGUUGGUGUCUCAUCCAACAACUCAACUCCAGUGGUAGAUCCCUUCAGCACUGGGACACCGCGCAAUGCAGGAGACGAGUCGUAUCUACCGACGCAUCCCGUGUGGAAUCGUGUCCUCGAACUCCCGUUCAGUCACGUUAUCGGCACUUGCUCGCUUGUAGUGGACGUGAAAGACCAUGCCAAGAAUGGACUCGAGUCUCAGCUUGGCUUCGCUACGCUUAAUGUUGCCAAGUAUCUGAUGGCUGCAGACGGUAAUGAACGUACCAAAAAGAGGGAGGAAGCAGCGAUGGCUGCUGACAGCAAGUGGUAUUCGAUAAGUAACGCUAAAGGCGAAUACUGUGGCAAGGUGCAGCUGGGACUCACUUGUCGACGCAAGAAGCUUACAGAUGAUACCGGUGGUGUACAACCGCGACUCAAGAAAAGUCAGAGCGUUGUAAUUGACCGGAAGAACCCGCCGUCUUCCAACAUGUUGCAAUGGGAUGCCACACCUGCUCACUCCCAGGCGCUGCUAGGAGCUGCAACGCCUGCACUCAAGAAAGGAAUGACUCUGGAUGAGUUUCAGAUGGGUGGAAGUGAACAUGCACGUCGUCAUGGCUGGGCUAACGUGAAGCUCUCGCCUGAAGGCACCGCGCGUCCACAGUCGGCUGGUGCAAUUGUCAGUAGCAAGGAAGAUGACGAUGAAUCGGUACACAAGCGUUUCCCCGACACCAGUGCCGCUCUCCCUGCCGCUAGUGACGCUGUUAUCUGCAAGGAGAAUGCUGACAUGCACACGUUUAUGGUUUGCGGUGCUCCAUUCACGAUCCCACGGCAUUACCAGCUCAUUAAAGUAUGUGGUCGCGGUGCUUACGGUAUUGUGAUUGCUGCCACGAACCUGCGGACAGGUGGCAACGUGGCUAUCAAGAAGGUCAUCGACUGCAUUUGGCACCCUCAUCAGCUCAAGCAGAUUCUUCGCGAGUGUCGAUUAAUUCGUCACAUGGCUCACGAAAACGUCCUGAGUUUGCUGGAUCUGAUCCCUCCGCCAUCGUACACAGAUUUCCGCGACGUGUACAUGACGGUGGAUCUCAUGGAGAUGGAUUUGCAUCGUAUUAUCUACUCGAAGGAGGUGCUACGUGACGAUCACAUCCGGUAUUUCCUGUAUCAAAUGCUCAGUGGUCUGCUCCACAUGCAUCGUGCUGGAGUGUUACACCGUGACUUGAAGCCAAGUAAUCUACUCAUCAAUUCAGACUGUCAACUCAAGAUUUGUGAUCUUGGACUGGCACGUUCCAAGGAAGCAGACGACGUGGGGAUGACGGAAUAUGUGGUGACACGAUGGUACCGUGCGCCCGAGCUGUUGUUAGGUAGUGCGUAUGGCGACGGAGUGGAUCUCUGGGCUGCAGGAUGCAUUUUCGCCGAGAUGCUGGGACGCAAACCUUUGUUUCCGGGUGAGACGUAUGUGCACCAACUGCAACUCAUUAUGAACGUGUUGGGUGUACCGGAGGAGCAUUCGUUCAAGGAGAAUCCACUGGCAAAUAAACUUAAGGGCCGUCAGUUGUUGAGUCGCACUCAAGCAGUGGCUGGGAUCGAUACGACCACCAUGUUCCCGAACGCGAACCCGGAAGGUCUGGAUCUGUUGUGGAAGAUGCUCGUGUUUGAUGUAGAGAAGCGUAUUACAGUGGAGGAGGCACUGCGACAUCCGUAUCUGGCCAUGUAUUACGAUGAAGAGCGUGAGAGUGUGCCAGUGGAGAAGUUCCAGAGCUUCGACUUGGACGAUCUGGACGAGACGGAUCUCAAGGAACUCAUGUUCAAGGAGAUCUGCCAUUUCCACCCUGAAGAGAUGGUCAAACGUGCUCAACAGCAAAGAGAACAUCCUGAAGCUGCCGAGAAACUUCCUCCUGGCUGGGUCAAACGUGAGUCGCGUAGUGUACCGGGCAAGUUCUACUACAGUAACCCGAAACGAGGCAUCAGUACGUGGAUCAAAGAGGAAAUGGAUUAA